AUGUCCGGUCUCGAUCCUAAAGGCCCCUCGCAGCCUUCCCUAGACCAAGCCUACACCACACCUGGCAACCCAGCGCAAAAAGACCCAAAAGAGCAAGUCCAAACAGAAUUCAACGCCGCCGACAACUCAGCCAGUGUUGACCAACGUAUCCCCACCAAACAAGCUACCGAUGCCGAAGGACUACGGAACGCAAAGUUCGAGGAAGGCAUGGGUGUACACGGCGCACCAGCGGGUGAAGAGAGAAAAGGUCUGGGUCAUGAAGAUGUAGGAAGGCAUAAGGAGCUAGACGGACAACAAAUGGCUGCACCAGGUGAGGGACGCGUUGCGGAUGCAGUAGCUAAGGGAGGAAAGGGUAUGGGUGGUGGUGGAGAACAGCCUGAUUUGGCGAGUGACUUGGACAGGAAGAAGGCCGAGCAGGCUGAAGCAAGAGAUGCUAUCAAACAGUCAAAGGGUGAGGCGACACAAGUUGGCGGCGCAUUGGGUCAGACUGGUGGACCCGCAAACCCCGUCGACAACUCGAGUCAGGGCGGUGGUAACUACCCCAACUCUAGCUACUAG